GUGUCUUUUUGGAGAUCACAUGAUCAACAGCCAUUAUUUGGCUGUGGAAGCGAGCGACAAGUGUCUGGCUAAGCCUAGCCCAUCCUAGCCUAGGAAAUCUAUGUUUUACAGUAGAUAAUGGUUUAAUGGCCGCUAUAUAUGCCAUAUUGAACAUAGUACUGAUAUCAGAUAUAUACGCUUCUUAACGGCAACUCGUUUACUUAGUAGUGGUGGUUGUUUUUAUAGUUAAAAUGGCAUUGAAGAAGGUGAAGGGUAGUCUCGAGAGGGUGUUUGACAAGAACCUCCAGGACUUGGUUCGAGGCAUUCGAAAUAAUAAAGAAAAUGAGGCUAAAUUUAUAUCCAGUUGUAUUGAUGAGAUAAAGCUUGAGCUGAGGCAAGACAGUAUAGCAAUCAAGGCAAAUGCUGUUGCCAAGCUAACUUAUCUCCAACUUCUUGGCUAUGAUGUCUCGUGGGCAGCCUUCAAUGUGAUUGAGGUGAUGAGCUCCCCCAAGUUCACAUUCAAGCGUAUCGGCUACCUAGCAGCCUCGCAGAGUUUUCACGAAGGCACUGAUGUCCUCAUGCUUACAACUAACAUGAUCCGCAAGGAUGUUAACAGUUUUCAGCAGUAUGAUGCAGGGGUGGCAAUGAGCGGUCUUGCAUGUUUUAUCUCCCCUGACCUGGCCCGUGAUUUGGCCAAUGAUCUAAUGACACUGAUGGCAUCAACAAGGCCGUAUGUGAGGAAAAAAGCUGUCCUCCUUAUGUACAAAAUAUUUUUGAAGUUCCCGGAGGCAUUAAGGCCGGCUUUUCCACGUCUGAAGGAAAAGCUUGAGGAUCCGGAUCCAGGUGUCCAGUCAGCAGCUGUGAACGUCAUUUGCGAACUUGCCCGCAAAAACCCCAAAAAUUACCUCUCACUCGCGCCACUUUUCUUCAAGCUUAUGACAAGUUCAACAAACAACUGGAUGCUCAUUAAGAUUAUCAAAUUGUUUGGUGCAUUGACUCCACUAGAGCCCAGAUUGGGUAAGAAGUUGAUCGAGCCAUUAACAAAUCUCAUCCACAGUACAUCAGCCAUGUCUCUACUGUACGAAUGCAUCAACACUGUGAUAGCAGUCUUAAUUUCGUUAUCUUCAGGGAUACCUGACCACUCCGCCUCAAUUCAGCUUUGUGUGCAGAAACUUAGAAUUCUAAUUGAAGAUUCUGAUCAAAAUUUGAAAUACCUGGGACUUUUAGCAAUGGGCAAGAUAUUGAAGACUCACCCCAAGUCAGUACAGUCCCAUAAGGAUCUCAUCUUGGAAUGUUUAGAUGACAAAGAUGAUUCUAUUAGACUCAGAGCCUUGGAUUUACUUUAUGGCAUGGUCUCAAAGAAAAAUCUGAUGGAGAUUGUGAAGAAGCUGAUGAUUCAUGUAGACAAGGCUGAAGGCUCACAAUACAGAGACGAGCUCCUGGCAAAGAUCAUUCAGAUUUGUAGUCAAAACAACUACCAGUACAUUACCAACUUUGAGUGGUAUGUUGCCAUCCUUGUGGAACUUACCAGGAUUGAAGGCACAAAGCAUGGACGUCUGAUUGCUUCCCAGAUGUUAGAUGUAGCGAUCCGAGUCAAAGCCAUCAGGCCAUUUGCUGUCUCCCAAAUGGCAUCUCUGCUGGAGAACUUCCAUUUAUUGUCCGGUGCAUCGAUGCAGACUAACAGUCGUUGCGAGGUUCUGUAUGCAGCUGCUUGGAUUAUUGGAGAGUUCCCUGGACAUCUUGUUGAUCCGUACUCAACCUUACACCACAUGCUCAAGCAAAGAGUCAGCAAUCUUCCUGGCCAUAUACAGAGUGUCUAUGUGCAAAAUGUCUUAAAGUUAUAUAGUGCAAUAGUGAAGAAAUGCGAAGAAGAUGAUGAUCAUGAAAAGGGUGUUGAAGCAACCCAACUGCUAUUGGAUAAGCUUCCUGUAUUUUCAGAAAGUGCUGAUUUGGAAGUCCAAGAGAGGGCUUGCACUAUACUACAACUUCUGAAAUAUGUCAAGAAAAUUCAAGAGAAAGAGGUAUCUGUUGGAGAUGAACUAGCAGCUUUGUUUGUUGACGAGCUAAAUCCAGUGGCUCCAAAAGCCCAGAAGAAAGUACCAGUACCAGAGGGGUUGGACCUUGAUAAAUGGAUUAAUGAGCCACCAUCUGAGAGUUCUGAUGAUGAAGUCACCAUCGACACCAUGUUUAUUCAUGAUGCCAAUAGAGUCAAUCACCAGACACAGUAUUACGAGGAACUCUCAGAAGAAGAACUUGAGAAACGCCGCACCGCGCGUCGGCAGGAGCAGGCUAGUAAUCCACACUACCUGAAAUUUGAAUCACCGAGGAAGAGGAAAAAAAGACUGAAGGACCUUGCCACCGAAAAUGUUGACGGUAUUCCCGUUGCCAAGAUCGACCUGAGUGUCCCGUUGCACAUACCUGGUGAUAAUAAAGAAAGUGGCCUAGAUGGCAUCGAUGAAGCAGCAUCCAGCCAAAGCCUGCUCAUUCCUGGAGGGAGAGGGGGUCAUCGAUCCCCGUAUUAUGACAUACCAGGUAACAUUACAGACAAGUACAUGCACAGACCGGCAGAAGGAAAGAAAUCCAAAAAGCGUGGGAAGAAAGGACGGAAGAAGCGCACUGUGUCCGUGUCCAGUGAUGAUAUUCCCAUUGUGCAUACAGUUGAUAUCAUUGAGGAGGAAAUGCCGGAGGGUGCUACAAUAUCAGAAGAUGAUGAGGAAUUACAUGAUGUUAACGAUCCACACAGAGCCUUGAACAUUGAUCUUGAUGCUCCUCUUGAUGCCCAUGAGAAGAUACCUGUGCGUAGACAUCAUGUUGUCGAUGGCAAAAGCAAACCAGCUGAAGAUCAAGAUGCUACUGAUGGCAAGACAAAGAAGAAAACUAAAAAAGAUAAGAAGGCACAAAAGAAAGUCAAGAAAGAAAAAAAGAAAAAGAGAUCAAAAUCAGAGGCUGAUGAAGAACCAAAGGUUGAAGUUAAAGCAACAGAGGAAAAUGAGGAAAACUUACUCGGUGGUGAACCAGAGCCUGUUACCAAUGGAGGAUUGGAGGAAGCGUCACCAAGCACAACAAAAUCAACAGCUUCUCAACCAGAAGAACCAGAAAAAAGCAAGUAUGAUGAUAUUAACUUCUGGUUGACUAAAGAAGAUACAACAAAAAAACCUGAAGCUGUAGAAGAAACACCAGAAACAGAACAUGCACCUGACGAGAAACAUAAGAAGAGAGAAAAGAAAUCAAAGAAAGAUAAGAAAGAGAAGAAAAAAGAUAAAAAGAAAAAAUCCAACAAAACAGAAGAAGCAGAAGCUAUUGCAAAUGAGAAUGGAGGUACUGUUGUUGAAGAAGUGGAAGUCCAAUUACCACAAUUAUCAAGUUACAAACCACUGGCUGAAAACAAAUCAAUAAAACUAACGUAUGAAACACGAAUUGAUAUGAACCACAGUAAACAAGUGGUUUUAUCCAUCAUCUUUAGUAACUUAACCAAUUCACAACUCAAGUCUUUAGAUUUUAAUGUACUUGACUCUCUCAACACACGUCUUGUAAGAGAGAGUGGUGCUUCCUCUCAUGAUGGCAUCAGUGUACCAUUCCAGCUUCCUGCUGGUGCCACAAAUGAAGGCCAGUUUGCUUUUACUGUUCAAAAUGUUACCAUGCCCCAAAAACUCAGAGGAACAUUAACUUAUAUGAUUAAGGAUGAAGCUGGAUCUACAAGUGAAAAGAUUGAUUUUAAAGUACAUCUACCGGUAACAGCUUAUACCACUGCAGUUCCUUGCACGGGAACUGAAUUUGCUAAUCUGUUAUCAAGUGGUGAUUUGCAAGCAAAGAAUUCAUUAACAAUAGCCUCUGUACCUAUGGAGUUUAACUAUGCCCUGCAUAGGGUAUGCUUCUUUACUCACUGCCGAUUAGUUGAAAGGGUCGGUGACUCUGCCUCAUUGUACUCUUGUUCCAUCCAGAGUCAUCAUAUUUGUUUACUAGUCAAAUUAUUGGCAAAUAAUGGUUUAUCAAUAGAGGGCAAAGGCUCAGAUUCUACACUACUAUCAAGCUUUUUGGAUGACAUCAAGGCAGUUCUACUGGAAGAAUAAUCAUCAAUACAAAUUAUACUUAGUUAAGUGGUCCAUGUUAGUGCUCAUCAGGGUUUAUAUAUGCUUGGGAAUAUUAAGCACACCUAACAGAAUGGAGGAAAAUUAUGCUUCCAUUCUGAUGUGACUAUGAAAGGCAAUGAUUAUUAAGGUUAGAUUACACAGGUGUAAUUUUCCCAGAAAAAUAUAGAAUGGAUUGGAAUAAGACUAAAAUGCUGUUAGUUGGUGUAUUCCGACUCCCAGAAAUUCCAUUCCUUUAAUGGCUAAUUGUGUUUACAGGAAGCCAGACAGAAAUUUUAGCUAUAGAAGACAGAAUAAUUUAUGAACGUUGUGAGCAUAUAUUGUCAAACUUUAUUUUAGCAAUACAAAUUGUAAAGCUACAAACGUGUGUUACUGAUUACAUCCUCCUUUACAGCAGUAUGGCUGAGUAAAUGAUACAUUACAUAUAACACCUUUAAUUAGAAUACAGGUGCCAAGACAAGCCAUGUGUUUUGCAUGACUGAUGUCAAGAUACUCCAGUUUUGUUUUAUACUCAUUUCAGUCAGUGAGAUUGAAUAAUGAUAUCUGUUAGAAUGCAGACAUUUUAGCUAAUCACAUCUUGUAUAAAGAUGGAUUUUGUUAGGAUGCAUAUAUUUCCUGCCAAUCACAUAUGAUGAGUGUUUAUUAAAAUGCAAAUAUUUCAUCCAAUCGAUUCUUGCAUAAAUAUCUUCUCUUGAUUUGAAACUAAUAAAUAUGUUUUUAUUUGCUAAGCCAAUCAUUACAUUGAACAACAGAAAAUUCUCCAUGUACUUUCACUUAAUACCAGUGGUCGAUAUCUUCUGUAAUGUGUAAUACCAAAUGGUAUAUUUAUGUUUUUUUCUUUAUUUAGUCUCCAUUCUUCAAAUGAUGUUGAUGUAUAUUUAUUAUUCUAAAGAGGGCAUUUGAUAUAAAGGAGCUCAAUCAGUAAAAUAUGUUAUAUUGCUGAGAAGCAUGUAAUGAUAUUAUGGUUUUGCGGAAUAUUGAUUGAGGAUUUAAAUUUAAAUGUCAUAGAUAGAAAAACUUUGAUAAUAUUGAUACUAUUACUGUCAAAAACAUCCAUUCCAUCCUAUUUUUAUGAUUCUGUGUAUAAUACUUUUUAUUUCAUGAUUCCUUACCUUCUUUUUUAGUUUUUACAUCAACAAGUGGUUGAUAGGUUGACUAAUGUAUUUUUUCGCACCUGUGAAUUUCUCCAACUCAUCUAUUCACUAAAAGAAUAUGCUCUCAAAAAUAUUCAGCAACAGAGCUGAAGUGUCUAAGAUUAUAUAGAUAGAUAGAUACAAUAUAUAAUAUAGUAUAUAAGUAAAAGAGAUAUAUACUUCUUUGUGAUAAGUAUUGUCUUUGUUAAAACAGUGAACUUAAUACUAAAGGAUCGUCUUGGUAACAGAUUGGAGCAGAUAUUUUGUCUUAAUAAAAAGUAUUAGCUUAGCCCUUUUGUUGACAUUAAGACCCAUGUCAGGAAGUAGAGGUAAAAUCCUCAGUGUUAUGGUUAUUUUGUUUAUUUUUGUUCUGAAAUAUAUGAAAUGUUUGUUAAUUGUUAGAUAUAUUGGUAAAACUGCAUCUGAUUUACAUAUUCAAUAAACAGGUGUGAAAGAUGUUGGCAUGUGUUAACACUGAGCAAUAGAAAUUAUUUGAUGAUGGAUUGUAAUAUUUAAAUUAAUAUUAAAAUUACAAUGGUCACCUGGUAUUGCACUUGGUAUUUUAUUCCAGGUGACGUAGUUUCAUUGUGACAUGUUUCUAUUCUAUAAUCCCUUGAUUUGUGUAUGUUGGUGAUCAGUGAUUGCUGAAUCACUAAGAGCAUAUCCAGUAAUAUAUUUUAUAGACAGUAAGCAUCCAUCCUAUGACUCAUACUACCAUAAAGACGAUACAAAAUGUCCGAUAUACUCUAUAAGUGUAGAUGAAAAAUCUGUCUAAUAAUUGCCUUUAGAUUUAACCAUGGCAUUCUCUGAUGUUAGAAUAAUAACUUGUAUUAAAAUCAUUGUAAGUGUGUAAUUAUUGUUGUUGUUACGUUCAUCUAUUUAUGUUUCAAUAUCUAUCACUUUUGUUGAAUGUUGUGAUUAGUUGUUAUUUUUUUAUUAGUAAACAUGUAAAUGUAUAAUUGUGACCAAAUAAGAAUAAUGUGAAUUUGUGUUCAAGCUAAAGAUCUGGAGACUAAUUAACUGACUGAUAUAAGAGAUUCGUCUUCGGUAUUGAUAAUAAACAUGCUCUAAAUGGAUAGAUAAUGAAAA